GAAUGGGCGAACAGAGUGCUAAAAAAACAUCGUUGUUGAGCGGAAGCAAAAUGUUGGAACAUCAUGCAGCCACAUACGAAGUGAAUGCUCAAUUCAACCGCAUGGUAUCGCCGGACGAACUCGAUGAGCAGCGCCGCGACGAUUUAACCCGAAUGCAAGACGAACUCCGCCAUUUGCUAGAGCAAGAACGAGUGAACAAAACCGGCUGCAUUUCAGAAGGAGUAUGGGAAAACGAUCAACGUCGAGUACGGCUAACACUCGUCGAAGGUAAAUGGCAAUCGUUUGGUUACGAGAAUGCGACCGGAAAAUACGUAGACUGCCACGAGGCGCUUUUCCUAAUGGAAAUGAACAGGCUAAUGGUUAAAUGGGACGGUAUAGUGGUCUCUAUCGAACAAGGCUAUAGCUUGUUCCUGGGGUUUCCAGACGGUUUGACGUUGGAGGAGUAUCAGGUGUACUCGGUUCUAAAUCGCGCGGGAUAUUAUGUGCUUCGCUACGAUCCUGGACGCGUAACGUACCAAAGCGACGAGAGAGACCUUCCAUCGGUGGAAGAACGAUGCGUUUGGAGCAUCCUGUACGGAAUGCUUAAUCAACCGAACCCGCGGGAAUCGGUAUAUGGCAAGACGGACAGUAAACUGCAGGAAACUGUUCGAAGGUCCAUGUUGCACUACAGAAAAUUAAUUCGAACACCAUGCUCCAUGAAUGGAACGUGCAACGCAACUACAUCACGAGCCACGAACAGUACGUAUGAGCCGGUUCCGAAGAAACCUCAUUUGGGGCAAUCCUAUCCGUUGGAGGACCAACUCGAUAGCUUCAAAGUAGUCGAACGUUUUCGACGAAUGUUCGAAAGGUUCGACAUCAUCCGCAGCAUGAGUGAGGAAGAGAGCGCCCACAGUAACGAACUUCCAACUCGUGACCAACAGCUCAUAUUUGAUUUGUUCUCAUCCGAUGCGCAAAGCUUCAAAAAGACGCUUCCUCCUUUACCGAUUGCAAGAAUUCUUGUGCGAAGAUCUUGUCAACCAAUGCCUUCGUUCAAGGAACUAGAACAACUGUACCAAGCUCAGCAAAUUCCUACCCCACUAAUGCUGAUGCUUGUAUCGAACAGCUUAGCCGUAAACUGUUUCCUAUACGAUAUGAGGACAUUAUCUCGCAACACAAUCACUCUAACGUCCGAUCAUUCUUCGCCGAUCAACGUGCCGCGGUAGCAGCAGCAGUUCCGGGUGAAUCUCGAAGAUGGCACAAAAGAUAAAUGCAGUUUGGAUUGAUAUCAUUCUCUUAUUUUAUUAACCUUAAAAUAAACAAAAGGCACCGUUUUACGGACCG